UUGUGUAAUCAAUACCGAUACAAACGAGCAUGUAGUUUUGGUUACAGAGAAAAAUUACAAGUCAAGUUUCCCGUACCUCAGUUUUUGUAUGUGUAACAAUUUUUAGAAGGCAUUGCAAUACAACAGUCGAAGGGAUUUAGUUUAUUGUAAAGGAUCUCUUGGAAUAUCGAUAACAAAACCAAUUUAUUAACACCAUGGAUAAUGACAGCGGUGAUGAAAAUCAGGCACAAGAUGGAGAAGAUGAUGACCUUAGUCCCGAACGAUUGCUCGUCGACGAAUAUUUUCAAGAAAUUGCACAAAAGUCUGCCACUACAAUUAAACAAUUGCAAAAAGAAUUGAAUGCCGCAGCGGCCGAUGAUGUACAACGAUUGAUAAAUAUUAGUCAGAACUUGCGGCAAGCAUUAAUUGAACAGCAAUCUGAAAAUGCACGAAUGCAGAAUGAAGUUAAAAUUGCUGUGGGAAAAGUUUCCGAAGCAUUUGCAAUAUCACAAUCCGAUCAAGACACGAUCAAAAAGUUAAAAGACGAAAUAGAACUUUCGUGGAAACAAACGGAUGCCGCCAAAACACGUGAGCAAUUAAUCCAACACCAACUCCAAGAAUUGCAUGCAAAAAUCGAAAAGCUUCAGGCUGACGCUAGCCGUUCCGAAGGGAAAAAUGUCGAUGUUGAUAUGGUUCUAGCGAAACAUGCCGACUCAAUGUUACGGGAACGUGAUCGUUUGCUUACAGAGGUGAGCGAAACGUCUCGUCGACUGGAAAUUCAGAAAGCAACCAUAGAGGACAUUGAAAAGAAGCGAAUGGAUCUCGAAAUUAAAAACAAAGAACUUUGCAAAAUCCUGGACGAGACAGCUAGUGAUGCCUUCAAGGACAAGCGGUUAAUUGAGCAGUUGAAGAAUGACAUAGGCCAGAUGACAUCGGAAAAGGAGACUUUUGUUGAAGAUAUUCAAUGCUAUCGGAUUCAGAACGAGAGUCUCAUGGCGAAUAACGCUCAACUGAAAUUUAAGAACUCGGCUGUGAAAACGAAUUUGGAGAAAAUCAAUAAUUUACAAAUUCUGACGCAAGCGAAAUAUCUGAAGGCAACUGCUGAAUAUGAGGCCCUGCUGGUCACGAAAGACAAAAUUCAACUGGAACUGGAUCAAUUGAAGAAUUUGCUGAAACUCAAGGAGAGCGAUAGCAAUGCUCUUUCAAAGGAAAAUGCCAAACUGACGAAAGAAAACGUUGGAUGCCAUAAAAGGAUCAUGACUUUGGAGAAUAUAAAGGGCGAUCAGCACAGUGAGAUUACGAGACUUAGCAAUAAUACGGUAACAUUGCAAAAGGAAUGCGAUAUCAAUUUAAAAGCAUUCUCCGAUAUGAAGAAAAAAGCGGACGACAUGCUGAGGGAACGAGAUUUGGAAAGGAAAAAAUCUCAGAAGCAAGAGGGUGUUAUCAGCGAACAGGUGGAAAUCAUAGCUUUGCAUGAGAAUCACAUAAAAACUCUCAACCAGGAAAUUAAGCAGCACAUACUGGAAGAGACUACUCUAAAUUCGACAAUCAAGAAGACUGAAAAAGACCGGAACAAUGCGAUUGAAAGGGGAAUUGUUUUAGAAGAAAAAUUGGAAGAAGCUCAAGAGGAUCUUCAGACAAAAUCUAACCAAAUUACCGAACUGACUGAGAAGACUCGUGAAUUGAAUUUUAAAAUUGCAUCGGUCGAACAAGUAUACGAAACAACACGCAGACAAUGCCACACGCUACAACGGAAUCUUCAGUCUGUGACCGAGGACCGAGAUGAUUUGAAGAGUCGCUUGAGUAUGUUCACGGAGAAAAAUCAACACUUGAAGGAGGACAUCGACAAGAAAGUAAACGAAUUGCAGCACACCGUUCGCGUUGUUAAUAAAUUGGAGAAAGAACGGACAUUGUUGAAAAUGGAAAUUCAAAAUUAUUCAGUUACAUUGCAGCAUACACGUACGGAAUUGAAGGAAAAGAAAAUGGAAAUUGAGCGUCUGUAUAAGCAGAUUUCGGAUGACGAUGCAAAAAUUAAAAAGCUGACCUUAGAGAUGGAAAGUUGUCGCCAAGAGAAGGACAUCAUUAACAAUCAACUGGUGCAAAAGUUAGAGGAAAUUGGUCUUUUAAACGAAAAAAUUAACACAAUGCAAAUAGCUCUGAACAGAGGUGAAUCACAGUAUAACAAAAGACUGGAAGAUGUUCGUCUACUCAAAAUUGAAAUUUCGAAUUUGAUUUCGCAACGAAACCUACUCACCAGAGGAUUGGCUAAUACAGCCGAUAUGCGGCAAGAAGUUUUACAAUUGAACAGAGUAUUGACGCAAGAACGUGUCCGCGCCAGAGCCCUGGAACAAGAAUUGGUUUCGUCAAUGAAUGUGCAUCGAUGGCGUAAAUUAACCGGAAAGGAUCCAGAUAGAAUGGAGCUCAUUGUUAAAAUUCAGGCAUUGCAGAAGCGAAUUCUUAGCCAAACUGUGCAGGCCACUGAACGUGAACACGAAUUGGAAGAGCAGCAAAAGCUUUAUUCAUCGCUGAAGCAGUUUAUGCAAAAGUUACCCAGUCACACAAUAAAGGAUAAACUGAACGCAACGCAGCGUGCACUGACGGCUAAAACCAAAAAGGUUAGAGCUCUUUCGGCUGAAAUAAACGUAAAUGAAAUGGAAUUCAAAUCGAGAGACGACCAAAUUGAACUGUUCAAAAGUCAACUGUUAGAGCUCAAACAGGAGUUAUUGAAAGAGAAAAAGGAAAAACAAAAAUUCAAAGAUGAACUUCGUGCCAUCAAGUCUGAAAUUGAUACCACGCAUUACUAUCAAGGGGGACACAGUUUCAAAGGAUUCGUUAAUGGAAAAUUUCCUUCUAGUAGUCGAUUAGAUCUCAGCUAAAUUUUCGUAAUUGACAACCGGGGAAACCAAAAAACAUUUUGAGUCAAACGUAUUUCUGUUUCGCAAAAUAUAAAAAUAAA